CCCCUGCAGGACUUGUCUGGCUGCAGAUUUCUCAUUCUCACUCUGUCACAGUUGCCCUGUGGAUCACUGCAUGCUGCUAGGGGAUUCAGGGUGACCUCAGCCUGCCCUGAGCCUCCUGCACUCCUCUGGUUGUGUCCCUGGGAUCUGGGGAGCAGCUGAAACCCCAGGAAAACUUUCCCAGCCCAAAUCUCUCCUCCCAGCUUUCCAGAGCUGCAAAGUGGUGAAGCUGGAUGUGGCCUCACACCCAAAAAGCUCCCAGAGCCCUGAGGAAGAGCUGUGGAGGUUUUGCUGCAGAUGCCUGCUGUGCCACUCAGGUUUUGGUGCUUUCUUCAUGGAACCCUUGCUUGGAGCAAGAGUUUAUCCAGCACCAUGUGCAGGGCUCCCCAGCAGCACAUGCCUGGCUGACCCUGCUUCCAACCUUGAAUUUCCAAAAGGAGAUUCCUCACACCUGUGGGUGCUCUGAAGACCUCUGCAGAAAUGCUGCCCUCAGCCCCAGGGCUGGGCUUCCUCCUUUUGCUUGGGUGUCAGGUGGCUGCUGCAUCUUCUCCUGGGACAGAUCUGUGCUCCAGCUCUUCUGUCAAUGGGUCAGCCAAGAGAUGCUUCUGGAGGUGGCCCAGGGCCAAGCCUCUCCCUGCAACCUCACUUUUGGUCAAUAUGCCUGUGCACAGAGUGCUUGGCUUCAGGACCUUCAGGAUGAUUUCCUCCUCUCCCUGUACUCUUGCCUUACCUCUACACCUGCCCGUGCUGUGGAUGCUGAGUAUUCCAUCCUCUUCUUUUCCAAAUACACCACCAAGAAGCUUGGGGCUGCUCUGACUCUCUUCAGCCAGCAGUUUUCUCAGGUGCCUCUUUCUCUGGAGUGGAACAUGAUCUUCAUCAAUGGGCUGUGGGAGAAGAUGCUGCAAGAACCUGACAUUGAGAGCCCAAAUGUUUUGUCUCAGUGGGUCCACGAGGGGCUUCAGCCAUUCCUGGCCAAGCCCAAGGUCUUUGCUUGCCUCCAUGCCAAAAAUGUGUCAUGUGAGACAUUCCAGAAGAUAGUUGCUGCCCUGAGUGCCAUUUAUUCUGACCUCUCAAAGGAAGAGCAAAGGAACCUUUACACUGGCAUCAAGCACUAUCUCACCCAGGAUGGAUCAAACCAGAAAUGCUACAGCACAGCUGCUCCAGGGCUGAAUUCCACUGCUUGGUUUGAAAAUUAUCUUGGAUCCUUUUUGGAGCAGGCUACUGCUGGAGACCUGCAACGUUUUGCUGAUGAGCCAACACUUCAAAAAUUUGCCCGUGAUCCUGUCAGCAUGGAGAGGAUCAGCAACCUCACCCUGCUCCAGGAGACAGCUGUGUACUACACCUCACUGCUGACCUCAGCACCUGAUUUUCCCUUGUCAAGGCUCCCAGACAAAUUCCUUUGCUACCUGAGCCCCUCAGCAGUGAGCAACCUGAGCAGUGAUGAAGCUUUGAGCUUGGCCCAGAGGAUCAGCAAGAGCUGUGCCUUGAACCUGACACACAGAGGGAUAACCAGAGAGGGAGCUCCCUCCUUCCUGACAACAGAGGAGCUGCAGGUUGCAUCCUCUUUGGUGGGGAAGUUUGAGAAUUUCACUCCUGCAGUCCUAGAUGACUUGGGCCAGGUUGCAGUUGGGCUCUCUGUGUCUGACAUCAAAACCAGCAUCAGUGGUGAAGUCCUUGAAGCAGCAGUUCCUGCCCUGGCUGAAAUUCAGGCCUGGACUCCUGAGCAGUCCAGGGCUAUCAUCAACAAACUGCUCAGCUCUGGCUAUCAGAUCCAGGAUGGACAGAGCCUGGCAAAGCUUGGGAGCCUGGUGGCUGGCCUCAACAGCAGCACAGCUCGAAGUCUGCCUCCAGAAGUCAUCUGGGAAGCCAUUAAGUUGCCUGAGUUUGUUCAGCAAACGGUGACUCUGCCCUCUCUUCUCAAAAGGAUAUUUGUGGACAAGCUUUCCUCCAGUGCAGUCCAUCCUGCUGACCUGGUUAAAUAUAUCCCUGAUGCUUUGGCCAGUUACAUUCCAAAAACAUUGCUUGUUUUUGGGGAAGAGAAGCCCAGCAUUCAGGAUCUCAACAAUAAAAGCUGGACCCGAGAGCAGGCUGCCAUGUUUUUCAGUGAUGUGAUAAAGACAGAGCCUGACUUCAACAGGCUUUCCCAGUCAGUCCUCCAAGGCUUCACAUGUACAGCUGCUGAUGAUGUGGGAGAAGAAAGAUUUCAGGAGUUGGCCAAAGUCAUGAAGAAGAAGAAGGUCAAGCUGGGAGAAGACCAGCUGAGUUGCUUAGUGAGGAUGGUGACUCUGCAUGGCAUUCCCAAGGAUUUAGACAACUAUCCUACAGACCUUCUGCUGUUUUUAAGUCCUUCAGACUAUGCAGCCACAGGGAGCUGUGUGCAGUACUUUGCUCGUGUUGGGAAAGCAAAUCUUGAUGUUCUGCCCAGAGAAUCAUCUCAACGCAAGCAGCUGCUCCUGGAUGCUUUAACAUGUUUGCAAAUUCCUGGCACACAAAUAAAUGAGGAAAACGCAGAGAUUCUGGGACAUCUGCUCUGUGACCUGGGUGGAGAAUACAUCAGAGGUUCUGGUGGGAGUUUGCUGAAGCAUUUAAGGCAGUGUAAAUCUUUCCUGCCUGAUCAAGAAGAGGCUAUUAGGAGUGUCAUCAGUGGUGGUAACACUACCUUUGGGCUUCCUGCAGCUUGGUCAGCUUUUACCUUGGAUGAGCUCAGUGGGUUGAUUCCUGUGCUUGAUCACAGCAUCCUGCAGCAGAUCCCCAAGAGUGCUUUACUUGUUUGGCUGAAGAACUUUGCCCGUGCUUCCCCUCUGACCAGGGACGAGGUGGCCACUGUUGUGGAAGAGCUCCUGCCCACAAGACACAAACGUGCUGAUGGUUGUCCACCUGGCAAGGAGAUAACAGAGGAUGUUCUUAAUGACUCUCUUAUGCCUACUUACUACUCAGCUGAGGAGUUACAUGCUUGCCUGAAGAAUGUCUCUCUGGAGAAUCACCUCUCUCAGAUGAUGAGCUACCCCUUUAGUGAUGAACAAUUAGCUGUGCUGAAGAAGUAUCUGGAUGAGACAUAUCCUGAUGGGUAUCCUGAAAGUCUGCUCCCCAUAGAGGAUCCUCUCCUUGGUCUCAUCACACCCAAGGACAUUUCCAAAUGGAAAAUAACUUCAGCUGACACACUGGCUGCCUUUCUAGAAAAUAACCCCUCUCCUGAGCUGGCUACUGCAGUCAUUGAACGCUACACUGGGCUGGGCAGUGCCUUGAACAACACUGCCCUGAUGGCAAUAGGCACCAGAUAUCUGUGCAUCCUGAAUGCUACUGACUUGAAGAAGAUAGACCCCAGCAGCUUGAAUUUGUCAUCUCUGUCUCUGGAUCCUUCAAACUGUUCCCAGAUUACAAAAGACAUCUUAUAUGCCAAAGCAAAAGAGGCUUACUCAGAGCAACGUUAUUCAGCUUCUUACUAUGACAUGAUUGUGCCAUAUUUAGAGGGUGCUCCUGCUGAGGAUCUCAGAGCUCUGAGCAAAGAAAAUGUGAACAUGAACAUCAGCACUUUGAUGAAGUUGAGAAGAGACUCUUUGAUGAGCCUGAAACCUUCUGAGGUUCAGGGCUUGUUGGGGCAGAUGAAUCUUCCUGACCUGAAGGCAUGGGAGAGCACAUCCCCCAUCCGGGAGUGGAUCCGAAGGCAGCAACAACCAGACCUGGAUAAACUGGGAAUUGGGCUGACUGGGGGCAUACCAGUAGGCUACAUCAACAUUGUCACCCCCAAAUUUGACCAACCAUCCUCAGCCCCCCUGGGUGCUGUGGCCAUGCUGCUCCACCUCCUGCCUGCUCUGCUCAUCACUUUCCUGACGAUGUCAGUCUUGUGCUGAGAAUCUUCCCUCAAGAGAAAGCAAGACCAGGGGGAGCAGCCUGGGUACCUCUCUGGGACAGCCAGGCCUGGGGACUGAGAGGGUGCUCAGUAGUAGUAAGGCAGCCACUGCACAGCCCUGGGUUUACUUUUAGGUACUUUUCUCUUUCAAAUCACUCAAAACAAAAUUUAAAAAAUCAGUGUUGUGGCUGAAGGGAAGAUUUCAAACUCUUCAGAGCAGGAUCUUUGCUUUUUGAACCCACCAAGCCCAGGUAAGACCCAGCCAUGUGACUGCAACACAGGCAGCAUCAAUAUUCUGAGAAAUUUGACUGUUCUGGGUGUUAGUGAUUGUAUUUUCUCCAGGAACAUGAUUUCUUGACACUGCCAAGGUCUCUGAGCAGCAGUGAUUGUAAAUGAACCAUUGAUCUAAGUAAAAAAUACC